AUGGCUUCAUCACAAUGUCCCACUGAUCGAAACUUCAUUGUAGUGGAUUUCCACUACAAUGGAACGUUUGCACCCAACCCAUUAGUAUACUUUGAUCCCGACAGACAAUCAGUAGGAGAUGUUGACUUCAGUGCAUUUGAGUACGAGGAGUUCAUGGAAUUCCUUCAAAAGCUCACCAGAACUAGAAGCAAAGAUAUCUACUUCUGCCUUCCACAAGAGUCUUUAAGUCAUGGAAUUCAUACACUGGUGAAUGACGUGUAUGUGGACCACUAUAAUGAACCAAUCUUCGAACGGAUUGAGGAAGAGGAAAAUGAAGAUCAAGACUACAGCUGUGAAGAGGAUGAAGACUCGGUAUUGUCGAACACUUAUUAUGUUGACCAUGAAGAAGAUGAUGCUGAAUAUCCAUUCCCAGCCAAUAAAACCAUGGGUGACAGAUCAAAAGAUGAUGAUCUCGGGAAACAUAAUGUCACUUCAAAUGGUUAUUAUCAUUGGUCAUUUUGUGAUAGACUUGAUAGCACAACAACAUUUGAUGCUGAGUUUUGGUGGGGUCAAUCAUAUGAUUGCUUGGAAGCGUUUGCUAAACUUGCGCGAAGAACGUGCGAUAGGUUUGGAGGGAUUGGAUUUCGUGUUGUUUAUUGUUAUUGGCAAUUAAGAUCUGAUGGAUUUUAUAUAUCUCCGGUGAAUGUAUCAUUCCCUAAUCCAUCAUGGGCGUUUUCUAAACCUUGGGGUUCAGGUGGAACGCUUUGUAGUACGCAUAUAGUAUCGAAUAAAGCAUGA